GAAGGAUUUUUUCCCACUCAAAGGCGAAUCAGCGAACUGCGCAGCCGAUGGAGAGAGCAGCGGCCGAUUCCCGCAGCAGCGGCAGCACCGCCGCCGUUCAAGCGACCAACGACGAUGCUGCCGCCAGCAAGCUGUAAUGGGACAGAUUGGAGCAUUUGGAGUUCAGGUUCUGUUUAGAGAAAUUGGAAAUACAAAACAUAUGCAAAUGCUUGCAGAUAAGGUCCUGUGUGAAUAAAGGAUACAUGAAGGAUGAAUAUGUUCACUUGUUUGUUAGAAGACCUGUAAAGAGAGCGCCCAUAAUCAACCGUGGGUACUAUGCUCGUUGGGUUGCUCUCCGGAAGCUCCUUCUUCAGUUUCUCAAGUCCGAGAGGCACAACAAUGAUAACAUUCAGACAAAGAAGCAGAUUUUGUCUCUUGGAGCUGGCUUUGAUACAACCUACUUUCAGUUGGUGAAUGAAGGGAUUGCACCACAUCUUUAUGUAGAAGUGGAUUUUAAGGAGGUAACCAGUAAAAAGGCAGCUCUCGUAGAACGCUAUAGCCUAUUAAGAGACAAAGUUGGACCAGAAGCAUCCAUUUCAAUAGAAAGAGGUGAAGUGUUAAGUGAUCAUUACAAGCUACUCUCUGCUGAUAUACGCGAUAUCCAAAAACUAGAUAGCAUCAUAGGUCUGGCUCACUUGGAUCCCAGCCUGCCAACAUUUAUAAUUGCAGAGUGCGUUUUAAUAUACUUGGAUCCAGAUUCGACCCAUGCUAUUGUUGGAUGGGCUGCCAAAAAAUUCUCGACUGCAGUAUUUUUCUUAUAUGAACAGAUCCAUCCUGAUGAUGCUUUUGGAGAGCAAAUGAUAAAAAAUCUUGAAGGUAUUAUAAAUUAUCUUAUCAUCAUGAUUGUAUUUUUUUAA